GAAGCUCUUGCUAGGUAGAGCCAGCAAGGACGCCGCACGAAAACACGACCAUGAAGGACCUCAAGGGAAAGGUUGCUCUCGUAACUGGAGCUGCGACUGGCUUCGGAAAGGCGAUCGUCGAUCUUCUUCUGAGCAGAGGAUGCAAGGUAGCUCUUCUGGACAUGGACUGCAUUGUAGGCAAACAGACAACCGCGGAGUUUCAGGCCAAGUAUGGGAAAGAUGGGUGUAUCUUCCUGAGGUGUGAUGUCACGGACGACCAAGAACUUGACGACUGUUUCUGCCGGACGCGCGCCAACUUCUGCGGCCUCGACAUCGUCGUCAACAACGCCGGCAUCGCGGGCGAGGCUAAGUGGAAAAAGAUAUUCGCCAUAAACACCGAAGCCGUCUUCAGCGGAAUUCUUCUCGGCUUGAAGUACAUGGGAAAGGACAACGGACAAAAAGGUGGCGACAUCAUCAACGUCGCAUCAGUUGCUGGCCUCCGAGUGAUGCCCACGAUUCCGGCUUACAACGCAGCCAAGACUGCUGUGGUUGCCAUGACGAGAGCUUUCGGGGAUGACCUCUACCUGAACCGUCACGGAGUCCGAGUGAACUGCAUCUGUCCCGAGCCGAUGAACACGCCAAUGUGGUGGGGCAUAUCGGCCUUCUGCAAGACCCGCGAAGACACCACCGCAAUGGCCCUGGAUUACGACAAGCGUGUUAUGCCUGUCGAGCAUGUGGCCAGAGGUGUACUGAUGAUCUUGGAUGAUGAGAAGAACGGUACUGCACUGGCGGCUCUCCACGGCAAGGAACUGCAUUAUUUCCAGUUCCAACCAGAUUGUACAAGUGGGACCGGACAUCUACUUUACACGAUGAAGGACUUCAAGGGCAAGGUGGCCAUCGUGACGGGAGGCGCUAUGGGCCUUGGAAGAGGCAUCGUUGAAUCUCUGUUGCAGAAAGGUUGCAAGGUGUCUAUACUUGACAUAGACGAACCCAUGGGCAAGCAGACGGCCGCCGACAUGGUGAAGAAGUUUCCCAACGCUAACUGCGUGUUCUACAAGUGUGACGUCACCAACGAUGCCCAGUUUGAAGAUGGCUUUAAGAAGACCAAGAACCACUUUGGUGGUAUUGACAUCCUCGUGAACAACGCUGGCAUUGCAGGAGAAGACCAGUGGCGAAAGGUCUUCUCUGUGAACCUUGAAGCCUACUACUCCGGCAUCCUCCUCGCAAUGAAAUACAUGGACAAAUCCAAGGGCGGCAAAGGAGGACACGUCGUCAAUGUGUCAUCGGUAUCAGGAAUCUACGUGUUGCCACAGCUUCCGGCCUACAACACAUCCCAAGCCGCCAUCGUCACUAUGACCAGAUGUUUCGGAUCGGACAUGUACUACAGCCGCACCGGCGUCAAGGUCUACUGUAUCUGCCCGGACCCCAUCGACACAAGACUCUGGGCCCAGCUGUCGGACUAUUGCCGAAUGUCCGAAGAGACCGUUGAGUACGCCCACGUCUACGAUACGCGGAUUCAGCAGCCUGUAGUAGUGGCGCACGCCAUCAUCCAACUCCUGGAGGACGAAAAGAACGGCGGCAUCAUGUUGUGCCUGCACAAGAUUGGUAACAAGUACCACGAGUUCCCGGUCCUGCCAGAUCAAUGAACAACCCCACUGUUUUUUUUUUUAUUUUUCGAAACUCCAAACGACCACCUUUGUGCCUUUUUAGUCGCCUCUCAGCAAUAAGACUGCCACAGUUUAUCCAUGACAUUAAAACCGUGAACACCUGUU